AUGUUUCUUGGUCAUGAAGGCUCGCCUCCCGGAGAACGGGAAGUUUUAUUUGCAGGGUUGAUGGUCGUUUUAGAGGUCAGGCCAAGGCAAACUGUGCUGGGCCUGUGUGACUAUCUUCUUGUCCGCGAGGGUAAGCCACGCAGUAAUAUCAGUACAGCAGAUGCCAGAGGGAACUGUACUUUGUCACUAAAUGUUAAACCGUCGACACUGAAUGCCACUGUCGCCUAUUCCGAUAUAAAUGGUUCCUGUGACAGAGACGGAGAUGGUGAUGAUGAUGAUGAUGAUGAUGAGGAGGAGGAGGAGGAGGAGAAGGACUGUUUGCAGUCAGAUAUUAACAAAUCACAACUGCCAAGGCCACUCCAGCGCAAAGAUCGGUACCGAUUACAAAGCAUGGCCAAGGUCCUCGAUCGUCAGAGUAUUGACAGGGAGAACGACAACGGCAGCCGCCUAGUAAACUUAUACGCGACCAACUGCUUAAUCGUCGGCGAAACCUAUUCGUUCAUAAGCGGAUUCACCAAACCACCUUGGAAGCCCCCUGAUUGA